AUGGCAGACAAACCUCAACAUCAACCUCCCCAUGGGAUGGAACCAUACGAUUUAUCCAGGCAAGAUGACCUUGGAGCUCUCUCACAGGAACAACAAGAGAAACUGAACAAAUUCAAGACAAAAACAAGGCUUGAAAAUGAAAGAUACCUACGUGACCACCCAGAAGUUGAAUGUCUGGUAGCAGGGUUUCUGAGUGAUGUUUUACGAAACCGCCCAGAAAAUAUCAAAGACUUUGCUGCAGAUUAUUUCACAGAUGAAAAACUUCCUGACAUGUUGGAAAGCCAACUACAAGAGAGGCAGCACAAGUUCAAACAAAAUAGAGUGUUGCAAAAACUUUGAGAUGUCUCUUCCAUUGUUCCAUCAUUGUUAACUUUGCUGCGUAUACAAAGAUGUAUAUUUAUAAAUAUAAAGUUUGUCACUACAAGGUUUAUGCUGUUUACUGCUCUUAAAAAUUGGAACAAACAUCAUUUAUAAUUUACUGUUGUUUUAAUUUAUCUUUUCAUAUAAAAUUUGAGAGUUUUAAGAAGUUGCCAAAUAACUAUUUUAAUUCUUAAAUUAUUCACAUCAUUAAUUCAUUAUG